AUGGAGGCCAAGAAGCCGAUCGUCACUCAAAGCGAGAAGAUGGAGGCCAAGAAGCCGAUCGUCACCCAAAGUGAGAAGAUGCAGGCCAAGAAGCCGGUUGCCGCUCAAAGCGAGAAGAUGGAGGCUAAGAAGCCGGUCAUCACUCAAAGCAAGAAGAUGGAGAAUAUUAAACGGAAGCUACGUGAGGGUUACCAAGAAGCCGAGAAGGUGAAGUGUCAACACAUGAUUCAGAAGAUCGAGGACAAGGAGGCGCCAAAUGUUAGAAAUGUGUCGAAUAUUUAUUUGUACUAA